GUUCCCAGCCUUGACACGUAUGUAAUCCAGCCACCCAGUAACAGAUAUAGACGUCGCCAGAUUUAAAAUUUAAAUUAUUCUCGUACAAAAUUGGCCGAUGUUGCCUUCAUACACAUACUUAUAUAUCACCUUUUAAAGUUGGCAAGAAGGGUGACUGUUUACGGUACUUGCAGAUACAAGCAGAUACGUUGAAUGUUGUAUCUGUAGGAUUACAGACAACACGUGUUCACAUGAUAAAUGUUGAAUCAUGUGUUCUAUAUUUACAUUUUAUGUUUGUUGCGUAUAUUGGAAUAGCUUUGAGGUUUGUACUUCGUCAGCCGUAUACUGCUAUCAGAUAGGUGUCGUGUGACAACGCUUUAAUAGAUAUGUGGUAUUACAAGUUGACACGUACACAACAACCAUGGCGCCCGUAAACAAGUUCUGGUGUCUGGCCACCAUCACCUGUAGUAUUGCAAUUUAUUACGGAUGUAGGUUUACAGACCACCCGACCAACAGGGAACUACGGGAAUCGUACGAUUAUAUCAUCAUUGGUGGUGGCACUGCGGGUUCAGUUCUUGGGAGUCGUCUGUCCGAGGAUGAUGACGUCACAGUGGCUAUCCUUGAGGCGGGAGGAGCGGCGGACAACGACCCACGCGUGACCAUCCCGUACUAUUUCCCUAGUCUACAAGGGACGGAGCUCGACUGGAAGUUCUAUACAACUCGUCAACAACAUGCAUAUUUUGCAAUGAAAGACCAAGUCGGAUAUAUACCUCGUGGAAAGCUUCUAGGCGGUUCUAGUAACCUUAAUGCCAUGGCGUAUAACCGGGGUGGGCGUGACGUGUACGAUAAAUGGGCGGCUGACGGAUGUGACGAAUGGAGCUAUGAUGACGUACUUCCGUAUUUCCUGAAGUCAGAAGAUAUUCAGAUGACAAGUUUGGAAAAUUCAUCAUAUCACUCCCGUGGAGGUCCACUGCCUAUUUCUGAGGCCAAAGUAACGCCACUCGUAGAUAUUUAUGCUGAGGCCUGGAAGGAAAUAGGACACCAGGUUAUCCAUGAUCUUAACGGACCAACCCAGAACGGUUUCUCCAGCAUGCAGGCCAAUAUCAAAAACGGACAACGAUACAGCACCUCUCGCGCAUUUCUCCUUCCGGUUAUGCACCGGCAUAACUUAGAUGUCCAUACAUACAGUCAUGUUUACAAAGUAGUUAUUAAUGACGGACGGGCUGUGGCGGUAGUGGUUGAUUAUCAAGGGGAACGGCGAACCGUCAGAGCAAACAAAGAAGUGAUUCUGUCGGCAGGGGCUCUCCAAUCGCCUCAACUGCUGAUGCUGUCUGGGGUAGGACCUAGGAAGCACCUUAAGGACAUGGGGAUUCCCGUAAUUGCUGACCUUCCGGUGGGGGAGAACCUGCGAGACCAUCUGAUGUUUGUGUUCCGACAGCUAACCAACACAUCGCAUUCAACUACAGAGGAGGAGGCAGAGUCUCUUACAGAACAACUACGGUACUACGUACUCGGCAAAGGUCCUUUAUCGUAUGGAGGACCAGAGGGAUCAGCCUUCUUCCACAGUGACAGUUCAUUGGAAGGAAAGCAGCCCCCUGAUCUUCAGCUCUCUUUCUACAGCAAGUCCGCCUCAACUUCCGGAAAGAACAUGGGAGAAUACAACUUCAGGGAUGAGGUGUACCAAGCAUUGCCAGAUGGCAAACAAAGUUUUUCAUAUGGCAUUAUUCUUCUCAAACCAAAAAGUAAAGGCACAAUCCGACUCCGUUCCAAAGACCCAAUGGACCCACCGAUUAUUGAUCCAAAUUAUUUAGCAGAUUCUGGUGACAUUGAUACAUUCGUGAAAGGGAUCCGUGUAUGCGAGAGGCUGGCAGUCACGUCCACCAUGGCCAGAAUAGGAGCCAGCGCUUCCGACGCCCAGCAUCCCAGAUUCUGUAGGGAAUUUACUCCAGGAAGUGACGAGUACUGGGGAUGUAUGGUGCGACACUUGGCGUCCACGCUAUAUCACCAGGCCUCCACGUGUAGGAUGGGAUCGGUAGAUGACCCGACAGCUGUUGUUGAUUCCCAACUGAGGGUGAAGGGCGUGUCAGGACUAAGAGUAGUGGACGCGUCAGUCAUCCGGGAUCUCCAUUCCGGAUCCCCGCAUGCGCAGGUCAUCAUGAUAGCGGAGAAAGCUGCUGAUAUCAUCAAAAACGUGAACACAGUCCAAAACUUAAGAAAGAGGACUACAAUUGGAUGAUAUGACAUAUCACCGGUUUUCUAUCAAAAUUGAUAGCAAGUUGCUAUGCAAAACACAAAAACACAUUUACGAUUAAUCCCAGUAAUGUGUUUUGGGUGUUGCACUGAUAACGAUUUUACAGAUUAAAGAAACGAAGAGUUUCAAUAACAAUUCUGGUUACAACCGAAAAAGAGACCAAUAUGUUAAUAUGGGCAACCUAAAAGAUCUUACCUUCUGGAGGUGGCUGACUAAAGAGUGUGUCUAUAUGGAAAUAACGUUUAUAAGUUCCUGAACAGACCAGAUACGACGGAUCAUUGUUUCCGUUUGGUAAUAGGUUUUCAUACAUUCCUGGUGAGUCUGAAGUCGUGACCAGGGUAAAUAAAAUACAAACGAAACGAAACAUAAUUAUGUGGUUAGCAUUUAAUACAGACGAACAGCAAUACUAAGUGGAUAUAAAGGAUACCAAUAUAAUGACUGUUUAGAUGUAAUACAAUAUGAUCAAAGCUAGAUGUUAAGCAUCAUCAAAACAAUGUAAUAUCUCACCUAUUAAUAGUUUAAAAAUAUUCUGAAAAGUACUGUAUACCGUUAUGUUUAGGUAAUGAUAUUUUUAAGUAAGCUGAAUCCAGGUUAUACAUACUCUGUGAACAAUUCUAGUCUAAAAUAUAAUACUACAGAAAUGAUAAUACCCGACGAACAACAGUCCAAACUGAUCAAAGCCGUAGAUUGUUCACACCUGGGUUGGCUAGGAGGUUGGUGGCAUUUUAUCAGCACUAAUGUUGAGCUACUGUACAAUAUCGACCGACGUUUAUAGACAGUUGUUAACCGUUUUAUUAAACUGUAUUGUGUAUCCCAAAACAAUCCAAAAAUACUAAUGUAGGUUAUGCAGGUGUAACGGUUAUUCAAUAGGACAUAGUUUGAACUGCUAUUGUUGAGGCAAGAUUCAAAAUGCAAUCACUUGAAGCUAUUAUAGAAAGCAUUCUGACUGUAUUAUAAUAAAAUUAAAAUAUUAUUCAAUAAUCUACAAGAUAUGCUCUUGAUUAUAAGUGAAAUAUAUUUAAUAACGUACAAGGUAUGUUCCUGAUUACAAUAAAAUAAAAGAAAUAAUGUAUAAUAUACUAUAUGCUCCUGAUUACAAUAGAAUACAUAUAAUGUUGAGCAAUGUGUUAUCAUGAAUACAAAGAAAUGCAUUCAAUAAGCAAUGUACAAGGUGUAUGCUCUUUAUUAGAAGUGAAAUGUAUUUAGUAGAUUACACUGGAUGAUUUGUUUUACCAAUGAAACAUAAUUAUAUAAUAAAGUACAAUGUAUGCUCCUGAUAACAAAUGAAAUAUAUUCAAUAAUGAAUAUGGUAUGCUCCACUGUUACAAAUAGACAAUUGAUAGAGAGCUACCGACAUAUAUGCGUAUGAAAUAAUGUCUAUUUAUUCCAGAAAACUUUUUCUAGCCAAUAUUUAAGACUGGAGUUUUAACCCUAUGGUCUAAAGAAAAUUUUCUGUUUUGCCACUUUUAAAUACACACUUACACAGUGCUGUAAAUUGUCUUAGAAUUAUAUAAUUACUCUAAUUAAAUUGAAAUGAUUAUUUCCUAUCCUGAAUAGACCUAUCUUUUCAGAUUACACUUAAUUUUUGUAUAGGUUUUUUUCCCCAAAAUAUUUAUUGUUAAUAUCUUAGAUACAAAGGAAUUGGGCAACAGGAAAAGCCUA